AUGUCUACAACUUCUCCCAAAGAAGAGCACCAGAGCAGCUGGCCUCUUGUUCCGCGUCAAACAUCUCCGGAGAUAAUCGGGGAAAUGGAGGCUGCCUGCGAGGUAGGCGACUUUGCGAGAUUCAAGUCAACUUUCGACACCUGGACUUCUCUUAAGCUGGAUAUACAUGAACUUGACUCCGUGAUGAUCCAGGCUGUCAGAUGGGAUCGGAAGGAUGUUGUCGCUGAAUUUUUGCAACAUGGGUUGCCAGUGAGCCAAGACUACGCUCUAGAAGCGAUAGGACAUGGAUCAAAGGAGGUUCUUAACACCCUGCUGCAACGUGGAUGGGAUAUUAAUCAACCCACGAGCGAAUUGAGGCCUCCUGCGCUCGGUUAUGCCGUUGACGACGAGGAUAUGACUCUGUGGCUUCUUGAUCACGGAGCCGACCCAAAUAAGCAGUGUUCCAUUGAUCUUACACCAUUGUCCUACGCGGUAGAACAAGCCUCCCUGUCCAUCGUCAAACUGCUUCUGGAUCGUGGAGGAGAUGUUCACAAAGGGCAACUUCUUCACCAUGCUGUUGAACGUCAAACGGAUAUCAUCGAGGUGCUGGGUAUACUGCUCGAGAGAGGAGCUCCUUUGAAUUCAAAGAUGUACGAAAAUCACUAUCCUUCAUGGAGACUAUACUACUUUAUGGGCUUGGGAACCGCUUUACAUAAAGCGGCGGAGCUGGGAAAGGCGGAUGUUGUGCGCUAUCUAGUCGACCAAGGCGCGGACGUUGGUAUCAAAGACGCCACGAACCGGAGUGCGAUGGACUGGGCUGCAUUGAACAACCAUCAAGAGAUCGUGGAGCUGCUUCAGUCAGUGGAGAGAAGACACCAUCUAUGA